AUGAAAUUAAUAUUACAUAGUACAAUUGCAUUUGUUGCAAUGGUUUCUAUAUGUUUUGGUGCGCCAUUCAAAUCAACCGAUAAAUGUGGCUACAGUGCAUGUAAUUUAGGUCAACCUGAUAAACUUAAUGUUCAUAUUGUUCCACACACUCACGAUGAUGUUGGCUGGCUGAAAACUGUCGAUCAGUACUUUUAUGGAGCUCGUAAUGAUAUUCAACAUGCUGCCGUUCAAUAUAUUCUUGAUUCAGUUAUUCCAGCAUUGGUUGAGAAUCCUGAUCGACGUUUUAUUUAUGUUGAAAUGGCUUUUUUCUGGCGUUGGUGGUUAGAACAAACUGAAGACAUGAAAAAUACAGUAAAACAGCUUGUAAACAGCGGUCAUCUUGAAUUCAUUUCUGGGGGAUGGUGUAUGAAUGACGAAGGUGUAACACAUUAUAGUUCUAUUAUUGAUCAACAUAGUUUAGGCGCUGAAUUUUUACGUGACGAGUUCGGAGAAUGCGGUCGACCUAGGCUGGGCUGGCAAAUCGAUCCAUUUGGUCAUUCAAGAGAAGUAGCAUCACUCUUUGCACAAAUGGGAUUUGAUGGAUUAUUUUUUGGUAGAGUUGAUUUUCAAGAUUAUGCUAUACGAAAUUUAACUAAAACAAUGGAAAUGAUCUGGAAAGGAAGCGCUAAUUUAGGUGAACAAAGUUGGCUUUUUACUGGUAUAUUACCAAGAGUUUACACCGCACCAUCAUCAUUUUGUUUCGACUAUCGUUGUCGUGAUGAGCCAAUUAAAGAUGAUCCACGAUUGCAUGACUAUGAUGUAGAUCAAAGAGUUCAAGCAUUCAUCGAUGCAGCACAUAUUCAAGCUCGUAGUUUUACAACUAAUCAUAUAAUGAUGACUAUGGGUAGUGAUUUUCAUUAUGAGAAUGCUAAUGAAUGGUUUAAAAAUUUAGAAAAAUUAAUAAAACAUGUCAAUGCUAAGCAAGCAAAUGGCAGCGAUGUUAAUCUAUUAUAUUCUACUCCUACAUGUUAUUUAUAUGCGUUAAACAAUGCGAAUAAAACGUGGACAACGAAGACAGAUGAUUUCUUUCCAAUUUCAUACAGUGAGCAUGGCCUUUGGAAUGGCUAUUUCACUUCAAGACCAGCAUUGAAACGAUAUGAACGUCAUUCAAAUAAUAUUCUUCAAGUAACAAAACAGCUUAAUGCAUUUUCCAAUAUUACACUACGCCAAGCAUUUUUUCCUCUAAAUGAAGCGAUGGGUGUUGCUCAACAUCAUGAUGCAGUGAGUGGAACAGAAAAACAGCAUGUUGCCGAUGAUUAUGCUCUACGUUUAUCAGAUGGUAUUGAUUCGGCUCUUUAUGUUAUUAAUCAAGCAUAUAAAAAAUUGCUACCGAAAGAAAAUCGGUCACCUGUAGUACCCAAUCAAUUUCUUUGUCAACUAUCAAAUAUUAGUGAAUGUUUACCUAUCGAAGGACAAGAUAUUUUUACAUUAACAAUUUGGAAUCCGACUAUUCAACCUGUUCAGCAUAUAGUUCAUGUGCCAGUGACGAAGUAUUAUACAAUACGAAAUCCAACGGGUGAAAUUAUUUUCGCUGAUGUUCAUCAAAUUUCUCAAAUAAUUAAAAAUAUCCCUGGCCGAACAAGCUCUGCGCAACUUGAAAUAUCAUUUCAAACGUCGAUACCUGCUCUUGGCUUUAAUACUUAUUAUUUUCAAGCUAUAAGUGAGAUCGAAAUAGAGAAAAAAUCUUCGAUCGAAGUAACAUACAAUGAAGCAUGUAUUCUUCAAAAUCAGAAUCUGCGAAUUGAAUUUGAUGAUCAAGGCAAUUUGAAGAAUAUUACAAAUCGAAGGAAAAAUUUUACAGUUUCAUUUUCUGCUCAAGGCUUUUAUUGGUAUACAAGUUUUCCCGGUAAUAAUUCUGGUCCAGAAUUUCAAGCAUCUGGUGCUUAUUUCUUUCGACCACUAACACCGACGCCAUUGCCCGUAAGCAAUACACGUAAUAUAACAUGCACCUAUUCAAAUGUAUCACAAAAAGCAUCGAUUGUGUAUAAUGAAUGGGCUAGUCAAGAAAUCAGACUCUAUGAUGGUGCAAACAAUGUUGAAAUGGAAUGGAUUGUUGGACCAAUACCAAUAGAUGAUAAUUUUGGAAAAGAAAUAAUUAUGCGUUACGAUACAGAUAUUCAAACUGAUGGAUUAUUUUAUACAGAUGCUAAUGGACGUGAAAUAAUAGAACGUAAACGAGAUUAUCGACCAUCAUGGAAUUAUACAGUCUAUGAAAGUGUUAGUGGAAACUAUUAUCCUAUUCCUAGUCGUGUAUGGAUUAAAGAUAAUCAAAGACAAAUGACUAUACUGACAGAUCGAUCUGAAGGUGGUUCAAGUAUGCAUGAUGGUUCUGUGGAACUUAUGAUUCAUCGUCGUACACUCUACGAUGAUUCACAAGGUGUCGGCGAACCAAUGAAUGAAACAGCUUACGGUAAAGGUCUUGUAAUAUGUGGCAAACACUUUCUUAUUAUUGAACCACCUGAAAAUAGUGCGCUUUAUCAUCGUCCUACUGCUCAACAACUCUAUAUGAGUCCUAUUAGUACAUAUGCAUUACCGGCAGUAUCGUAUACUGAUUAUUCAAAUAAUUUUCGUCAAACAUGGUCAGCUUUAACUGCACAAAUGCCAUAUAAUGUUCAUUUACUGACAUUAGAUCAAUUGACAGUAAAAGUAUUUCUUAUACGUAUUGAACAUUAUUUUGAAUUACAUGAAGACGACACUUUUUCGAAACCGGUUCAAGUCGAUUUACAAUUUUUUUUCGAUAGUGUAGGUAAAAUAAUGGAUUUAACUGAAUUAACACUUUCAGCUAAUUUACCAUUGAAUGAUAUGAAUCGGCUUAUUUGGAGAACAGCAAACGACGAAUCAUCAUAUUCAAAACCAACACACUCGAAGGCAUCAUUGACGAAUACAAUAGUAACACUCAAUCCUAUGCAAAUCAAAACUUUUCAAGUUACAUUGGAAUAA